AUGAAACCAUAUUUAGUUUUAAUAUUGCUAGCAGUCACAGUUUUGACUACAUCUGCUCAAACUUGUGAGAAAAUAACAGAUGAAACAGAAUGUCAUUCAAGUGUAGAUUGUGUUGUCUUACAGUAUGUCACUUGCUGUGGAAAACAACACUUCUAUUGUGCCACUAAUAAAGAUUGUAAAUCAGAGUUGAGCUGUAUGAAAUUGCCAAAUGGUGAGAUUGCCGAGUCAUGGAGCUCAUGUAUGUUUAAAGAUGGAGUCCGUAUUCCAACUCCAAAUGCCACCUGUGACAGCUUGAAGUGCGAGUCCAAAGGUAUGAGCUGUGAGAUGAUCGAUCCACCAUGUAUGGGUACUUCAUGUUGUCCAAGACAACCAGAGUGUAGAGGUCAAUCGGGAGAUUCUACCGGUGCACAAACUUCAUCGUCGUCAACAUCCGGUACAUCAACUUCUGGAGCUUCAUCAUCAUCAUCAUCCGGUGCAUCAACCUCAGGAGCUUCAACUUCUGGACAAACCGGUACUUCUGGUUCCAGCACUUCAUCAUCAUCAUCAUCAUCCUCAUCCUCAUCCGGUUCUUCACAGUCCUGUAUCAAUUACAACUGUCCAAACAACCAUAAAUGUGUUUUAAAUAAUGGAGUACCACUUUGCGUACCAAGUUCAACCUCUGGUUCUAGUUCAUCGUCUGGCUCAUCCUCUGGUCAAUCAUCUGGAGGUUCUGAAGUCUGCCGUAACAACUACUGUCCACCACACACCUAUUGUGUCGAAGAGAAUGGUCAACCAAAAUGCUUGCCAGUUCCAUCCAACUCUGGUGAAUCAUCCGGAGGUUCUGCAGUCUGCCGUAACAACAACUGUCCACCACACACCUAUUGCGUUGAAGAGAAUGGUCAACCAAAAUGUUUACCAGUUCCACCAAACAACUCUGGUUCAUCCGGUCAAUCCUCUUCCUCUGGUGGAGGUUUAGCCUGUACCAACUAUCAAUGUCCACCAAAUUUCUACUGCGCCGUACAAAACGGUGUCCCAUACUGUGUUAGAAGCUCUACUUCCGGUCAAACCUCGUCAUCAGGUUCCUCUUCCUCCUCUGGUCAAACUUCAUCGUCAGGUUCCUCGUCAUCUGGUGGUAAUAUGUGUGCCAACUACAGAUGUAACGAUGGAUUUAUUUGUGUUGUCCAAAACGGUGUCCCAACUUGUGUCCAUGCCUCUUCUUCCGGUCAAACUUCAUCGUCAGGUUCAUCAUCUGGUGGUAAUUUGUGUUCCAACUACAAAUGUGAUUAUGGAUUCUUCUGUAUUGUCCAAAACGGUAGUCCAACCUGUGUCCGUGGAUCAAGUUCCGGUCAGACCUCUGGUUUAGACCAAUGCCACAAUUUCCAAUGUCCAUGGGGAUCUUUUUGUGUCAUCCAAAACGGACAACCAGUAUGUAUCCGUUCUCAAACCAGCGGUGCAGAUCCAUGUUCUAACUACCAAUGCCCAUGGGGAACCUUCUGUGUUCUCCAAAACGGACAACCAGUCUGUAUCAAACGUCAACCACCACCCCCACCCGAUUGUGAUUGUGAAGCAAUCCACGAAAAAGAUCAAUGUCAUACCAGAUACCCACAAUGCCGUUGGCUUACAUUCCAAGGUUGCUGUGGACAAACCAAGAGUGUUUGUGUAGACUCUCGUGGAACCAGUUGCAGUAUGGACUUGAGCUGUGCAACCGACAAGUAUGGCGACAUCUAUGAGAUCUGGUCACAAUGCAAACCACACCACGGAUGGACUCCAUACAUUCCAAGAAACAUGACUUGUGAAUCCUUGAGAUGUGCUGAACGUGGUCUUGGUUGUGUUUAUGGAAAGAACACUCAAUGUGUUGGUACUUCAUGUUGCCCAAUGACUGCCUAUUGUGUUGCUCCACCAUCGUCUGGACACUCGAUUGCCACCACCACCUUUACCUCUGCCUCACCAUCUACAACUACUGCCUCCACCACCGCCUCAACAACCGCCACCAUUUGUGAAACUAUCACCAUUACAGUUGGAAGCUCUGGAGGACCUACCACUCGUCCACCAACAACAGGUCCACCAACAACAGGUCCACCAACAACAGGUCCACCAACAACAGGUCCACCAACAACAGGUCCACCAACAACUGGUCCACCAACAACUGGUCCACCAACAACUGGCCCACCAACAACUGGUCCACCAACAACAGGUCCACCAACAACUGGCCCACCAACAACAGGUCCACCAACAACAGGUCCACCAACAACUGGCCCACCAACAACAGGUCCACCAACAACAGGUCCACCAACAACUGGCCCACCAACAACAGGUCCACCAACAACUGGUCCACCAACAACUGGCCCACCAACAACUGGUCCACCAACAACUGGCCCACCAACAACUGGUCCACCAACAACUGGUCCACCAACAACUGGUCCACCAACAACUGGUCCACCAACAACUGGUCCACCAACAACUGGUCCACCAACAACUGGCCCACCAACAACUGGCCCACCAACAACUGGCCCACCAACAACUGGCCCACCAACAACUGGUCCACCAACAACUGGUCCACCAACAACAGGUCCACCAACAUCAGGUCCACCAACAUCAGGUGGUCCACCAACAACUACAGCUCCACCAACAACUACUGCUCCACCAACAACAACUGCUCCACCAACAACUACAGCUCCACCAACAACUACCGCUCCACCAACAACUACUGCCCCUGCAACCACUACCGCAAUUAGCGGUAUCGCCACUGGUGUAACUGGUCUAACUACCAUUGCCGGUGUCACUCAAACUACCACUGCUCCACCAACAACAACUGCUCCACCAACAACAACUGCUCCACCAACAACAACUGCUCCACCAACAACAACUGCUCCACCAACAACUGGUCCACCAACAACAGGCCCACCAACAACUGGUCCACCAACAACUGGUCCACCAACAUCAGGUCCACCAACAUCAGGUCCACCAACAUCUGGUCCACCAACAACAGGUCCACCAACAACUGGUCCACCAACAACAGGUCCACCAACAUCAGGUCCACCAACAUCAGGUCCACCAACAUCAGGUCCACCAACAUCAGGUCCACCAACAACAACUGCUCCACCAACAACAACUGCUCCACCAACAACAACUGCUCCACCAACAACUACCGCUCCACCAACAACUACUGCCCCUGCAACCACUACCGCAAUUGGCGGUAUCGCCACUGGUGUAACUGGUCUAACUACCGUUGCUGGUGCAACCACUCCAUAA